CAAUUCUUUUGAACUUAUAAUUUUUCUGACGUUUAUUUCUUAGAGCUUCUCAAAGCUCGUCAUGGUUCGAAAGUGACGAUUGAUUGGCGACAUGUUCGCACGAAGCGUGGCGAGGAUACGCCCUCAGAUAUUGAGAUGUGCACCUCGAAUACGAAGGGUCGAGUCAUUGACCCCUCCAACUCACUUCGGGUUCCGGAGUUGUUCUUCUCACUCAACCACGGAACUCCCACCGAAACCCUCCGCCGAUCACACAAAACUCGGCAUCCAACAAGAAUUAUUUAUAACGUCCACAUAUAGUCCGGGCUCGCCUCUGUUGCUGCCUAAUGGUGCUCGAAUAUUCAAUCGCCUCGUAGAAUUUAUACGGAGCCAGUAUGGACGAUAUGGGUUUAACGAGGUUAUCACGCCUAUUAUCUAUAAAAAGUCGCUAUGGGGAAAGUCGGGCCAUUUAGAAAAUUACAGAGAUGAUAUGUUCACUGUAACUAGUAUGUCGCCCUCGAGAAGCGAUAGUGGUGGCCGCGACAAAGAGAAAGACGAGUACGGUCUUAAGCCGAUGAACUGCCCAGGCCAUUGUCUGAUCUUUGCAUCCAAGCACCGGGGUUAUCGAGAAUUACCUGUGCGAUACGCCGACUUUUCCCCCCUCCACAGAAACGAAUUAUCCGGAGCUCUAAGUGGCUUAACUAGAGUGCGGCGCUUCCAUCAAGAUGAUGGUCAUAUUUUCUGUCGACCGAUACAAGUCGAGGAGGAGAUCAGGAAGACGCUAGACUUCGUGCGCGUCGUCUACUCAACUCUAAAACUAGGUCCCUACCGAUUAACGCUCUCAACUCGUCCGGCGGACCAUUACAUCGGGACUAUUGAGGAGUGGGACAGCGCUGAAAAGGGCCUCAAAAGAGCUUUGGAAGCCUCCGGUCAAGGUUGGACUAUAAAUGAAGGCGAUGGUGCAUUCUACGGGCCCAAGAUUGACAUAAUAUUGAGAGAUUCGGAUGGCAAGGAACAUCAAACAGCCACAAUACAACUCGACUUCCAAUUACCGAAACGAUUUGACUUAACAUAUCAAGUUCCAGCUCCCGAAUUCGAGCGGAAAGGAGAAAUCACAACCGAUCCAGCCGAGCUUAAAAAAUUUGGAAAGGCAACUCCCGUCCUCAUCCACAGAGCUGUGCUAGGCUCGGUGGAGAGGUUAAUGGCUCUGCUUAUCGAACACCACAACGGCAAGUGGCCGUUAUGGUUGAACCCGAGGCAGGUGAUAAUAAUCACAACACACGAGGAUGAAAGUGGAAAAGUGAAAGAGCUAGCCAGGACCACCCAAGCCGUCCUAAUGGGCCUGGAUGAACCAGCUGAUGGUCCAAUCGCCAACCAAUUCCAACUAACUGUAGACGUUGAUGAAAGUGCCCGAAAAUUACCACACAAAGUGCGUAUGGCAGUAUCUAAGGGCUACGGCGUUAUUGUUACCAUUGGCCCAGACCAGCUAUCCGAUGGAACUGUCGCAGUCGACUUUUCUAGAUUGCCUGGAUCGGAUAGCGCUCACACAGAAGAACGUCGCGAGAUGAAGCCGAAAGACUUGUACAACUUUCUCAAGAAGAGGGUUCAAUCAUUCGAAUGAUAAUAAAUUGCAGACCGAACAGUCUGCUUCAAUUGAUCAAUUGUACUCGUAUUGAUCCCGUGCCUGGUCGCUUUAGGGUCUGAAUAAGCAUCAAUGCCAAUGUCUUCGCUUUCACCGUCAUCUAAAUUAUGGCCCUUCUCCAUCUGAGCUUCUUCCGGGAAAUCUUUCUUGUAAAUCCUUCUGACGGGCCUCCAUCCUCUCCAAAAUUUUAACGGGUCUGGAGGAACGCGACAUCAGUCAAUAUAUGCGCUAUGAUUUAUAAAGGGUGGAAAGUGAAUCAGAGGGAG